AUGCCGGUGCAGGUACAGCCCUUCCACUCGGGGCCCCGGGCUUGGCAGGAAUUGGAGAGUUUGACACAGUCAUUGUGUGGUGCCCCGCAGGUGACCCACGGGCUGCGGGCGUAUGAUGGCUUGUCCCUGCCGGAGGACGCAGAAACGGUCACAGCCGGCCGGGCCGGCUGGAGCCACUCCGACCUUUCUGAUGACGAGGACUUCCUGGCUGAUGAGGCCUCCGGAGAUGGUGUGGGCAGCGGCGACCUGGGCAGCGGGGACUUCCAGAUGGUUUAUUUCCGAGCGCUGGUAAAUUUCACUCGCUCCAUCGACUAUAGCCCUCAGCUGGAGGACGCAGGCUCCGAGGAGUUCCGAGAGGUGUCGGAGGCUGUGGUAGACACGCUGGAGUCAGAGUACCUGAAGAUUCCUGGAGACCAGGUUGUCAGUGUGGUGUUCAUCAAAGAACUGGACGGCUGGGUCUUCGUGGAGCUGGAUGUGGGCUCGGAAGGGAAUGCCGACGGGGCUCAGAUUCAGGAGGUGCUGCACGGCGUCAUCUCCAGCGGCUCCAUCGCCUCCUACAUCACCUCUCCCCAGGGAUUCCAGUUCCGACGCCUGGGCACAGUGCCCCAGGUCCCCAGAGCCUGCACCGAGGCGGAGUUCGCCUGCCACCGCUAUAAUGAGUGUGUGGCCCUGGAGUUCCGCUGUGAUCGGAGGCCUGACUGCAGGGACAUGUCUGAUGAGCUCGAUUGUGAGGAGCCGAUGCCCACACUCAGCUCCCAGCCGCCCCCUCUGGUGGCCACCCCACCGGUACCAGUCCGGCCAGAGACACCCCCCGACCAGCAGCGCCCAGCCACCCCGGCCCCCCAGGCCGCGCUGCCCAGCCCAGGCAGGCCCGUGCCCUGCGGGCCCCACGAGGCUGCGUGUCACAGCGGGCACUGCAUCCCCAAAGACUACGUGUGUGACGGGCAAGAGGACUGCACGGAUGGCAGCGAUGAAGUGGACUGUGGCCCCACCCCGCCCUGUGAGCCCAACGAGUUCCCCUGUGGAAACGGGCACUGUGCCCUCAAGCUCUGGCGCUGCGACGGCGACUUUGACUGUGAGGACCACACCGACGAGGCCGACUGCCCUGUCAAGCGCCCCGAGGAUGUCUGUGGGCCCACCAAGUUCCGCUGCGUGUCCACAAACACCUGCAUCCCAGCCAGCUUCCACUGCGACGAGGAGAGCGACUGUCCGGACCGCAGCGACGAGUUUGGCUGCAUGCCUCCCCAGGUGGUGACCCCUCCCCAGGAGUUGAUCCAGGCUUCCCGGGGCCAGACGGUGACCUUCACCUGCGUGGCCAUUGGCGUCCCCACCCCUAUCAUCAACUGGAGACUCAACUGGGGCCACAUCCCCUCGCAUCCCAGGGUGACAGUGACCAGUGAGGGCGGCCGCGGCACACUGACCAUCCACGAUGUGAAGGAGGCAGACCAGGGCGCCUACACCUGCGAGGCCAUGAACGCCCGAGGCAUGGUGUUCGGCAUUCCCGACGGCGUCCUGGAGCUCAUCCCGCAGCGGGGUCCCUGCCCUGACGGGCACUUCUACCUGGAGCACAGUGCCUCCUGCCUGCCCUGCUUCUGCUUCGGCGUCACCAACGUGUGCCAGAGCAGCCGCCGCUUCCGGGACCAGAUCCAGCUGCGCUUUGACCAGCCCAACGACUUCAAGGGUGUGAACUUGACGAUGCCCGCGCAGCCUGGCAUGCCACCCGUCUCCUCCACCCAGCUGCAGAUCGACACCGCUCUGCAGGAGUUCCAGCUGGUCGACCUGUCCCGACGCUUCCUAGUCCACGACUCCUUCUGGGCUCUGCCUGAGCAGUUUCUGGGCAACAAGGUGGACUCCUACGGGGGCUCCCUGCGCUAUAGGGUGCGCUAUGAGCUGGCGCGCGGCUCGCUGGAGCCAGUGCAGCGGCCGGAUGUGGUCCUUGUGGGCGCCGGCCACCGCCUGCUCUCCCGGGGCCACACACCCACCCAGCCGGGGGUUCCGAACCAGCGCCAGGUCCAGUUCUCUGAGGAGCACUGGGUCCACGAGUCCGGCCGGCCGGUGCAGCGCGCGGAGAUGCUGCAGGUGCUGCGGAGCCUGGAGGCAGUGCUCAUCCAGACCGUGUACGACCACAAGAUGGCCAGCGUGGGGCUGAGUGACGUCGCCAUGGAUACCACCGUCACCGUCCCCACCAGCCGCGGCCGCGCCCACAGCGUCGAGGAGUGCAGAUGCCCCGUCGGCUAUUCCGGCUUGUCCUGUGAGAGCUGUGACGCCCACUUCACCCGGGUGCCCGGGGGGCCCUACCUGGGCACCUGCUCUGGCUGCAACUGCAAUGGCCAUGCCAGCUCUUGUGACCCUGUGUAUGGCCACUGCCUGAACUGUCAGCACAACACGGAGGGACCUCAGUGCAACAAGUGCAAGGCGGGCUUCUUCGGGGAUGCCACCAAGGCCACAGCCACGGCCUGCCGGCCCUGCCCGUGCCCGUACAUCGACGCCUCCCGCAGGUUCUCAGACACCUGCUUCCUGGACACGGAUGGCCAAGCCACGUGUGACGCGUGUGCUCCAGGCUACACGGGCCGCCGCUGUGAGAGCUGUGCUGCCGGCUACGAGGGCAACCCCAUCCAGCCCAAUGGGAAGUGCAGGCCCACCAACCAGCAGAUUGUGCGCUGUGAUGAGCGAGGCAGCACUGGGUCCUCCGGGGAGGCCUGUCUCUGCAAGAACAAUGUGGUGGGGCGCCUCUGCAACGAGUGUGUGGCCGGCUCUUUCCACCUGAGCGCCCGCAACCCCGAUGGCUGCCUCAAGUGCUUCUGCAUGGGCGUCAGUCGCCAGUGCACCAGCUCCUCCUGGCGCCGUGCCCAGGUGCUGGGGGCCUCCGAGGAGCCCACUCGGUUCAGCCUGACCAACCCCGCGGGCACCCACAACGCCAGCGAGGGAAUCUCAUCGCCCUCGCCCGGGGAACUGGUCUUCUCCUCCUUCCACAGCCUGCCGCCUGGGCCCUACUUCUGGAGCCUCCCUUCACGCUUCCUGGGGGACAAGGUGACCUCCUAUGGUGGAGAGCUGCGCUUUACGGUGACCCAGCGGCCCCAGCCUGGCUCCGCACCCCUGCAUGGGCACCCGCUGGUGGUCCUGCAGGGCAAUAACAUCGCCUUGGAACACCACGCCUCCCAGGAGCCCAGCUCCGGUCAGCCCAGCACCUUCACCGUGCCCUUCUGGGAGCAAGCGUGGAGGCGGCCUGACGGGCAGCCGGCCACGCGGGAGCACCUGCUGAUGGCCCUGGCGGACGUCGACACCCUCCUGAUCCAGGCAUCCUACACCCAGCGGCCAGCUGAGAGCAGGGUCUCCGGCAUUAGCAUGGAUGUGGCCGUGCCCGAGGACACUGGCCAGGACCCUGCGCUGGAGGUGGAGCAGUGUACCUGCCCGCCUGGGUACCGCGGUCCGUCCUGCCAGGACUGUGACGCGGGCUACACACGCAUGCCCAGCGGCCUCUACCUGGGCACCUGCGAACGCUGCAGCUGCCACGGCCACACCGAGGUCUGCGAGCCCGAGACGGGCGCCUGCCAGGAGUGUCAGCACCACACAGAGGGCCCCCGAUGUGAGCGGUGCCAGCCCGGGUACUACGGGGACGCCCAGCGUGGGACACCACACGACUGCCAGCCGUGCCCCUGCCACGGAGCGCCCGCUGCCGGCCAAGCCACCCACACUUGCUUUCUGGACACAGACGGCCACCCCACCUGUGAUGCGUGUUCCGCAGGCCACAGCGGGCGUCACUGUGAGAGGUGUGCACCAGGUUACCACGGCAACCCCAGCCAGGGCCAGCCCUGUCGAAGAGGCGACGGCCAGUCGCCGGAGCAGAUCGGCUGUGGCUGCGACCCCCAGGGCAGCGUUAGCAACCAGUGUGACGCUGCUGGACAGUGCCAGUGCAAGGCCCAGGUGGAAGGCCUCACCUGCAGCCAGUGCCGGCCCCACCACUUCCAUCUGAGCGCCAGCAACCCGGACGGCUGCCUGCCCUGCUUCUGCAUGGGCGUCACCCAGCAGUGCGCCAGCUCCUCCUACACUCGCCACCUGAUCACCACCCGCUUUGCCCCCGGGGACUUCCAAGGCUUUGCCCUGGUGAACCCACAGCGGAACAGCCGCCUGACCGCAGGCUUCACUGUGGAACCGGUGACCGAGGGCACCCAGCUGUCUUUCGGCAACUUUGCCCACCUUGGCCAUGAGUCCUUCUACUGGCAGCUCCCGGAGACGUACCAGGGAGACAAGGUGGCGGCCUAUGGCGGGAAGCUGCGAUACACCCUGUCCUACACGGCAGGGGCGCAGGGCAGCCCGCUUUCUGACCCCGACGUCCAGAUCACGGGCAACAACAUCAUGCUGGUAGCUUCCCAGCCAGUGCUGCAGGGCCCGGAGAAGAAGAGCUACGAGGUCGUUUUCCGAGAGGAAUUCUGGCGCCGGCCCGACGGACAGCCAGCCACCCGCGAGCACCUCCUGAUGGCGCUGGCCGACCUGGACGAGGUCCUGGUCCGAGCCACCUUCUCCUCCGUGCCGCUGGCGGCCAGCAUCAGCGGGGUCAGCCUUGAGGUCGCCCGGCCCGGCCCCUCCGAGGGCCCCCAGGCCCUGGAGGUGGAGGAAUGCCGCUGCCCCCCAGGCUAUGUCGGCUCGUCCUGCCAGGACUGUGCCCCGGGCUACACGCGCACCGGAAGUGGACUCUACCUCGGCCACUGUGAGCUGUGUGAAUGCAACGGCCACUCAGACCUGUGCCACCCGGAGACCGGGGCCUGCUCACAAUGCCAACACAACGCUGCCGGGGAGUUCUGUGAGCAGUGUGCCCCUGGCUACUACGGAGAUGCCACGGCCGGAACACCCGAGGACUGCCAGCCCUGCGCCUGCCCGCUGACCAACCCAGAGAACAUGUUCUCCCGCACCUGUGAAAGCCUGGGAGCUGGAGGGUACCGCUGCACAGCCUGUGAGCCUGGCUACACCGGCCAGUACUGUGAGCAGUGUGCCCCGGGAUACGUGGGUAACCCCAAUGUGCCAGGGGGCCGGUGCCUGCCGCAGACAGAUCAAGCCCCACUGGUGGUACAGGUCCAUCCAACUCGGAGCGUGGUACCCCAGGGGGGCCCCCACUCCCUGCGGUGCCAGGUCAGUGGGAGCCCACCCCACUACUUCUACUGGUCUCGUGAAGAUGGGCGGCCAUUGCCCAGCAGCACCCAGCAGCGACAUCAAGGCUCGGAGCUGCACUUCCCCAGCGUCCAGCCCUCGGAUGCUGGAGUCUACAUUUGCACCUGUCGGAAUCUCCAUCAUGCCAACACCAGCCGGGCAGAGCUGCUGGUCACUGAGGCUCCCGGCAAGCCCAUCACGGUCACAGUGGAGGAGCAACGCAGCCAGAGCGUGCGCCCCGGAGCCGACGUCACCUUCAUCUGCACGGCCAAGAGCAAGUCUCCGGCUUAUACCCUGGUGUGGACCCGCCUGCAUAAUGGGAAACUGCCAAGCCGAGCCAUGGAUUUCAACGGCAUCCUGACCAUUCGCAACGUACAGCCCAGUGACGCGGGCACCUACGUGUGCACCGGCUCCAACAUGUUCGCCAUGGACCAGGGCACAGCCACGCUGCACGUGCAAGCCUCGGCCACCCCCUCCGCCCCCGUGGUCUCCAUCCACCCGCCGCAGCUCACGGUGCAGCCGGGCCAGACGGCCGAGUUCCGCUGCAGUGCCACGGGGCACCCUGCACCCAGCCUAGAGUGGACAGGCCCUGGUGGCCAGCUCCCUCAGAAAGCCCAGAUGCAUGGUGGCAUCCUGCGCCUGCCAGCCGUUGAGGCCUCGGAUCAAGGCCAGUACCUGUGCCGCGCCCAAAGCAGCGCCGGGCAGCACGUGGCCAGGGCUGUACUACACGUGCACGGGGGCAGCGGGCCCAGGGUCCAGGUGAGCCCAGAGAGGACCCAGGUUCACGAAGGCCGCACCGUCAGGCUGUACUGCAGGGCUGCGGGGGUGCCCAGCGCCACCAUCAGCUGGAGGAAGGAAGGGGGCAGCCUCCCCCCGCAGGCCCGUGCAGAGCGCACAGACAUCGCCACGCUGCUCAUCCCUGCCAUCACGGCCGCCGAUGCCGGCUUCUACCUCUGUGUGGCCACCAGCCCCGCGGGCACCGCCCAGGCCCGGAUUCAAGUGGUGGUCCUUCCAGGUGCCACCACCCCACCGGUCAGGAUUGAGUCCUCCUCACCUUCUGUGACCGAAGGACAGACCCUGGACCUCAACUGCGUGGUGGCAGGGCUGGCCCACACCCAGAUCACGUGGUACAAGCGAGGGGGCAGCCUGCCUCCCCACGCCCAGGUGCACGGCUCCCGGCUGCGUCUGCCCCAGGUAUCACCAGCCGACUCUGGAGAAUACGUGUGCCGAGUGGAGAACGACUCAGGCCCCAAGGAGGCCUCCAUCAUCGUCUCUGUCCUCCACAGCCGCCAUCCGGGCCCCGGCUACACCCCAGCUCCUGGUGGAGCCCCGGCUCCGGGCGGCGCCCAGCCCGUCCGCAUCGAGCCCUCCUCGUCUCACGUGGCCGAAGGGCAGACGCUGGAUCUGAACUGCGUGGUCCCCGGGCAGGCCCAUGCCCAGGUCACGUGGUACAAACGUGGUGGCAGCCUCCCCGCCCGGCACCAGACCCACGGUUCGCUGCUGCGGCUGCACCGGGUGUCCCCGGCUGACUCAGGAGAGUACGUGUGCCGCGUGGUCCUGGGCUCUGGGCCCCUCGAGACCUCCGUCCUAGUCUCCAUCGAGGCCUCCGACGCCGGCACCAUCCCCGCCCCGGGACCUAUCCCGCCCGUCAGGAUUGAGUCCUCGUCCCCCACGGUGGCCGAGGGGCAGACCCUGGACCUGAACUGCGUGGUGGCAGGCCAGGCCCAUGCCCCGGUCACGUGGUACAAACGUGGGGGCACCCUCCCAGCCCGGCACCAGGUGCGUGGCUCCCGCUUGUACGUCUUCCAGGCCUCCCCAGCAGACGCAGGCGAGUAUGUCUGCAGGGCCAGCAACGGUGUGGAGGCCUCCAUCACAGUCACGGUCACCAAGACCCAGGGAGCCAACUUCGCCUACCCUCCGGGCGGCGCCCAGCCCGUCCGCAUCGAGCCCUCCUCGUCUCACGUGGCCGAAGGGCAGACCCUGGAUCUGAACUGCGUGGUCCCCGGGCAGGCCCAUGCCCAGGUCACGUGGCACAAGCGCGGGGGCAGCCUGCCCGUCCGGCACCAGACCCACGGCUCCCUGCUGAGACUCCAUCAGGUGUCCCCAGCCGACUCGGGCGAAUACGUGUGCCGAGUGGUGGGCGGUUCAGUGCCCCUGGAGUCCUCUGUCCUGGUCAGCAUCGAGCCUGCAGACUCUGUGCCUGCACUGGGGGUCACCCCCCCGGUCCGGAUCGAGUCAUCCUCCUCACACGUGGCUGAAGGACAGACCCUGGAUCUGAACUGCCUGGUUUCUGGGCAGCCCCACGCCCAGGUCACAUGGCACAAGCGUGGGGGCAGCCUUCCCGCCCGGCACCAGGUGCACGGCUCCAGGCUGCGGCUGCCCCAGAUGACGCCAGCGGACUCUGGGGAGUACGUGUGCCGCGUGGUCAGCGGCUCAGGCACCCAGGAAGCCUCAGUCCUGGUCACCAUCCAGCAGCGCCGCGGCCCCACCCGCUACCAGAACGUGGUGUACCCCGUCCGCAUCGAGUCCUCCUCUGACUCCCUGGCCAACGGGCGCACCCUGGACCUCAACUGCCUGGUGGCCAGCCAAGCCCCCCAUACCAUCACCUGGUACAAGCGCGGAGGCAGCCUCCCUAGCCGGCACCAGAUCGUGGGCUCCAGGCUCCGGAUCCCCCAGGUGACACCCGCGGACUCGGGUGAGUACGUGUGUCACGUCAGUAACGGCGCCGGCUCCCAGGAGACCUCACUCAUCGUCACCAUCCAGGGUAGUGACUCCUCCCACGUGCCCAGCGUCUCCCCGCCGAUCAGGAUCGAGUCCUCGUCCCCCACGGUGGUCGAAGGGCAGACCCUGGAUCUGAACUGCGUGGUUGCUGGGCAGCCCCAGGCCACCAUCACCUGGUACAGGCGUGGGGGCAGCCUUCCCGCUCGACACCAGGCCCACGGCUCCCACCUGAGGCUGCACCAGAUGUCCGUGGCGGAUUCAGGCGAGUAUGUGUGCCGGGCCAACAACAACAUCGAUGCCCUGGAGGCCUCCAUCAUGGUCUCAGUCUCUCCCGGCACUGGUCGCCCCUCUGGCCCUGGCGGGACCAUGCCCAUCAGAAUCGAGUCGUCAUCUUCACACGUGGCUGAAGGGCAGACCCUGGAUCUGAACUGCGUGGUCCCUGGCCAGGCCCACGCCCAGGUCACGUGGCACAGGCGUGGAGGCAGCCUCCCCGCUCACCACCAGACCCACGGCUCACGGCUGCGGCUGCACCGGGUGUCCCCGGCUGACUCCGGCGAGUACGUGUGCCGCGUGCCCCUCGGCUCGGGGCCUCUGGAGGCCUCCGUCCUGGUCACCAUUGAAGCUUCCGGCUCUGGCACCGUUGUCGUCCCCGCCCCAGGCGGAGUGCCUCCCAUCCGCAUCGAGACCUCCUCCUCCCACGUGGCUGAAGGGCAGACCCUGGAUCUGAAAUGCGUGGUGCCCGGCCAGGCCCACGCCCAGGUCACCUGGCACAGGCGUGGAGGCAGCCUUCCUGCUCGGCACCAGGUCCACGGCCCCCUGCUGAGGCUGAACCACGUGUCCCCCGCCGACUCUGGCGAAUACUCCUGCCAAGUGACCGGCAGCUCAGGCACCCUGGAGGCUUCCGUCCUGGUCACGAUCGAGGCUUCCAGCCCCAGUCCCAUUCCUGCCCCGGGACUCGCCCAGCCCAUCCACAUCGAGGCCUCCUCCUCUCACGUGACCGAAGGGCAGACCCUGGAUCUGAACUGUGUGGUACCCGGGCAGGCCCACGCCCAGGUCACGUGGUACAAGCGCGGGGGCAGCCUGCCCGCCCGGCACCAGACCCACGGCUCCCGGCUACGGCUCCACCACGUCUCCCAGUCUGACUCCGGAGAAUACGUGUGCCGCGUGAUUGACGGGUCAGGGUCCGAGCAGGAAGCCUCCUUCACUGUCACUGUCCCACCCAGUGCGGGGUCCUCCUACCGUCUUAGGAGCCCUGUGAUCUCCAUCGACCCGCCCAGCAGCACCGUGCAGCAGGGCCAGGAUGCCAGCUUCAAGUGCCUCAUCCAUGACGGGGCAGCCCCCAUCAGCCUUGAGUGGAAGACUCGGAACCAGGAGCUGGAGGACAACGUCCGCAUCAGCCCCAACGGCUCCAUCAUCACCAUCGUGGGCACCCGGCCCAGCAACCACGGUGCCUACCGCUGCGUGGCCUCCAAUGCCUACGGCGUGGCCCAGAGUGUCGUGAACCUCAGCGUACACGGGCCCCCUACGGUGUCCGUGCUCCCCGAGGGCCCUGUGCGCGUGAAGCUGGGGAAGGACGUCACCCUGGAGUGUGUCAGUGGCGGGGAGCCCCGCUCGUCCGCUCGCUGGACCCGGAUCGGCGCCCCCACCCACUUGGAGCAGCGGGCGCAUGGGCUCCUGGACAGUCACACAGUGCUGCAGAUUUCAUCAGCUAAACCGUCAGAUGCGGGCACCUACGUCUGCCUAGCUCAGAAUGCACUGGGCACAGCACAGAAGCGAGUGGAAGUGAUUGUUGACACGGGCGCCGUGGCCCCAGGGGCCCCCCAGGUCCAGGUGGAAGAAGUCGAGCUGACCGUGGAAGCCGGACACACGGCCACCCUGCGCUGCUCAGCCACAGGCAGCCCCAAGCCCACCAUCCAUUGGUCCAAGCUGCGCUCCCCGCUGCCCUGGCAGCACCGGCUGGAAGGUGACACGCUCAUCAUCCCGCGGGUGGCCCAGCAGGACUCGGGCCAGUACAUCUGCAACGCCUCCAGCCCAGCCGGGCACGCGGAGGCCACCGUCGUCUUGCACGUAGAGAGCCCGCCCUACGCCACCACCGUCCCAGAGCAGGCCUCGGUGAGAGCCGGGGAGGCCGUGCAGCUGCAGUGCCUGGCUCACGGGACGCCCCCGCUGACCUUCCAGUGGAGCCGCGUGGGGGGCCACCUCCCGGCGGGGGCCGUCGCCAGGAACGAGCUGCUCCUGUUCGAGGCUGCGGCCCCCGAGGACUCGGGCCGCUAUCGCUGCCAGGUCACCAACAAGGUGGGCUUGGCCGAGGCCUUCGCCCAGGUGCUCGUCCGAGGCCCCUCCGGCUCUCUCCCCGCCACGCCCACACCAGCAGGACCCGCACCCACCGUCCAGGUCACGCCUCAGCUGGAGACCAAGAGCAUAGGGGCCAGCGUGGAGUUCCACUGUGUUGUGCCCAGCGACCCAGGCACCCAGCUCCGCUGGGUCAAGGAAGGGGGUCCGCUGCCUCCGGGCCACAGCGUGCACGAUGGGGUGCUCCGAAUCCAGAACUUGGACCAGAAUUGCCAAGGAACCUAUGUGUGCCAGGCCCAGGGGCCAUGGGGACAGGCCCAGGCCAGUGCCCAGCUGGUUGUCCAAGCUCUGCCAUCCGUGCUCAUCAACAUCCGGACCUCUGUGCAGUCCGUGGUGGUCGGCCAUGCCGUGGAGUUCGAGUGCCUGGCCCUGGGGGACCCCAAGCCCCAGGUGACGUGGAGCAAAGUGGGCGGGCGCCUGCGGCCGGGCAUCGUGCAGAGUGGAGGUGUCGUCAGGAUCGCGCACGUGGAGCUGGCUGACGCAGGGCAGUACCGCUGCACCGCCACCAACGCCGCGGGCACCACCCAGUCCCACGUGCUGCUGCUCGUCCAGGCCUUGCCCCAGAUCUCAACGCCCCCUGAGGUCCGCGUGCCCGCGGGUUCUACAGCUGUCUUCCCUUGCAUGGUGUCUGGCUACCCCGCUCCUGAAAUCACCUGGAGCAAGGUGGACGGGAACCUGCCGCCCGACAGCCGCCUGGAGAACCACAUGCUGCUGCUGCCCUCGGUGCGGCCCCAGGACGCGGGCACAUAUGUCUGCACCGCCUCCAACCGCCAGGGCAAGGUCAAGGCCUUCGCCCAGUUGCAGGUGCCAGAGCGCGUGGUACCCUACUUCACGCAGACCCCCUACUCCUUCCUGCCGCUGCCCACCAUCAAGGACGCCUACAGGAAGUUUGAGAUCAAGAUCACCUUCCGGCCGGACUCUGCGGACGGGAUGCUGCUAUACAACGGGCAGAAGCGGAUCCCAGGGAGUCCCGCCAACCUGGCCAACAGGCAGCCCGACUUCAUCUCCUUCGGCCUCGUGGGCGGGAGGCCCGAGUUCCGGUUUGACGCAGGCUCGGGCAUGGCUACCAUCCGCCACCCCACGCCACUGGCCCUGGGCCAGUUCCACACCGUGACCCUGCUGCGCAGCCUCACCCAGGGCUCCCUGAUCGUGGGCAGCCUGGCGCCGGUCAACGGCACCUCGCAGGGCAAGUUCCAGGGCUUGGACCUGAACGAGGAGCUCUACCUGGGCGGCUACCCCGACUACGGCGCCAUCCCGAAGGCAGGGCUGAGCAGCGGCUUCGUAGGCUGUGUCCGAGAGCUGCGCAUCCAAGGCGAGGAGAUCGUCUUCCACGACCUCAACCUCACGGCCCACGGCAUCUCCCACUGCCCCACCUGUCGGGACCGGCCCUGCCAGAACGGAGGCCAGUGCCAGGACUCGGAGAGCAGCAGCUAUGUGUGCGUGUGCCCGGCCGGCUUCACCGGGAGCCGCUGUGAGCACUCACAGGCCCUGCACUGCCACCCAGAGGCCUGCGGGCCUGACGCCACGUGUGUGAACCGGCCCGACGGCCGCGGCUACACCUGCCGCUGCCACCUGGGCCGCUCGGGGUUGAGGUGUGAGGAAGGUGUGACCGUGACCACCCCCGCCCUGGCGGGCACAGACUCCUACCUGGCACUGCCCGCUCUCACCAACACACACCACGAGCUGCGCCUGGACGUGGAGUUCAAGCCGCUGGCACCCGACGGGGUGCUGCUGUUCAGUGGAGGGAAGAGCGGGCCAGUGGAGGACUUCGUGUCCCUGGCGAUGGUCGGGGGCCACCUGGAGUUCCGCUACGAGCUGGGCUCGGGCCUGGCUGUCCUGCGGAGCGCCGAGCCGCUGGCCCUGGGCCGCUGGCAUCACGUGUCCGCGGAGCGUCUCAACAAGGACGGCAGCCUGAGGGUGAACGGCGGGCGGCCCGUGCUGCGCUCCUCGCCCGGCAAGAGCCAGGGCCUCAACCUGCACACUCUGCUCUACCUGGGCGGCGUGGAGCCGUCAGUGCAGCUGCCCCCGGCCACCAACGUCACCGCCCACUUCCACGGCUGUGUGGGUGAGGUGUCAGUGAACGGAAAGCGGCUGGACCUCACCUACAGCUUCCUGGGCAGCCGGGGCGUCGGGCAGUGCUACGACGGCUCGCCGUGUGAGCGCCAGCCCUGUCGCCACGGCGCCACAUGCAUGCCCGCGGGCGAGUAUGAGUUCCAGUGUCUGUGUCGAGACGGCUUCAAAGGAGACCUCUGCGAGCACGAGGAGAACCCUUGCCGGCUCCGUGAGCCCUGUCUACACGGGGGCACCUGCCAGGGCAUCCUCUGCCUCUGUCCUCCCGGCUUCUCGGGCCCACGCUGCCAGCACAGCUCUGGGCACGGCAUGGUGGAGCCCGACUGGCAUCUUGAAGGCAGCGGGGGCAACGAUGCCCCCGGGCAGUACGGAGCCUACUUCUAUGACAACGGCUUCCUUGCUCUCCCAGGCCGCGUCUUCUCCAGGAGCCUCCCUGAGGUGCCUGAGACCAUUGAGCUGGAGGUUCGGACCAGCACAGCCAGUGGCCUCCUGGUCUGGCAGGGCGAGGAGACGGGGCAGUCUGGCCGAGGCAAGGACUUCAUCAGCCUUGGGCUUCAGGACGGGCACCUCGUCUUCAGCUACCAGCUGGGCAGCGGGGAGGCCCGCCUGGUCUCUGAAGACCCCAUUAACGACGGCGAGUGGCAUCGUGUGACGGCGCUGCGAGAGGGCCAGAGAGGCUCCAUCCAGGUGGACGGAGAGGAGCUGGUGAGUGGCCAGUCCCCAGGCCCGAACGUGGCGGUCAACACCAAGGGCAGCAUCUACAUUGGCGGAGCCCCGGACGUGGCCGUGCUGACCGGGGGUAGGUUCUCUUCGGGCAUCACAGGCUGCAUCAAGAACCUGGUGCUGCACUCCUCCCGGCCCGGCGGCUCCCCCCCACAGCCAGUGGACCUGCAGCACCGUGCCCAGGCGGGGGCCAACACACGCCCCUGCCCUUCGUAGGCGCGGCCCGCCCUGCACGGACUCCCGGGCCGCACCCCAGCCCCGCAACGGCGACUAUAUUAUUAUUAAUAUUAUUAUGAUGAUGAUGAUGAAUAUUUUGUAAGAAACUGAGGCGAUGCCACGCUUUGCUGCUACUGCCCUGGGCUGGACUGGCGGGUGGGCACGCCACCCCCCGCCCCCACCCAAGCACACCUGGGCAGAGCCACAGGCUGCGGGCACAGCAGACACACCAGAGCCGGCGCCUCGGGGGCCACCAGGACUCGGGGUGAAGUGCGGCGGCUCAGUGGGGUCAGAUCCACCCCCACCAACGGAGCCCCUGACCAAGGCAGCGCUGGGCCGCCCCUUCGUUCAGCCCCGGGGUGGCGGCCGUCAUUUCUGCGGAGCCAGCCUCGGCUUCCAGCCCGGCACCUUGCCAGCCACCUUGGAGCCUCACCAGCUACCCGGAGUGGAGGGCAUCAAUUGGCCUUGGCCACCCUCCUCUGGGUUGGGCAGGCUCUCUAGUGCCAACUGUGGAGCAAAAGGCAGCUCACCCCUGGGCAGGCACCCCCACCCCGCCUCCAGCCCACGUCCUAGCCCCGAUCCACCCCCACCAGACCAGCCGGGCCCCCGGCCCCUGGCAGCCUUCCCCUCCCACCAAGCCCUCCUCCCCCCCCCCCCCCCCCCCACCAACCCCACACCUAGCCCAGGGCCCCCAGCCCUCAAGGGGCUGCAAGGGAAACUCCACCCAACUCGUACCAGGAGCUGCUAGAGGCAGAGCCCAGCACUGAGAGGGGCUCCCUGCCCGCGCCAGGCCACGUCCCCCCCACGGAUCUGGAAGUGAAGGCCCAGGGGACGUGGGGGGAGGAGGCCUUGGUGGUCAGAAAGAGUAAGUGCCUUGGGUGGGGGGAGCUGGGACGCACGACUGGGAGGGACAGGGAGAGGACGUGAUCGUCCUGCCCCAUCUGAGGGCCCGCCCCGCCAGCAGUCCCCCCAGACGUGGGGCCGGGACGCCUGGCCUCUGUGUCCUAGAAGGGACCCUCCUGUGGUCUUUGUCUUGAUCUUUCUUAAUAAACGGUGCUAUCCCCGCCA